UUCUCCUCCGGUCACCACCAACCCGGUCCUUAACCUCAGCCCCGGCUGACCGCACCCUUCUCCCCCGACGACGACCCCCGAACACGCGCAAAAAUGGCAGUCGGAACCCUCUCCCUCUUCUACCCCGUCAUCCUCCCGCUCUCGACCGCCGGCCUCCUCUAUGGCGUCCACCGGCUGAUGUACGUCGACUGGGCCGUCUGGGCCACCGAUUUCUUUACGGGCCCGGGCAGCGUCAGUCGCAUUUUGUUGGUGGUUUAUAUGGGGCUGAGCUGGAAGAAUUUCCCGUUCAUGUGGCAUAUCCGCGUCUUCCACGCCUUCCUCCUGCACCUCCUCCGCCGCCCCCCCACCCCCCUCGGCCCCAACUCCCUCUUCCACCCCUCCAUAACCUCCUCCUACACCUCCCCGCUCGAAACCGAUUACAACCUGCACAAGUCCAACUCGACUUACUUCGCCGACCUGGACGUCUCCCGUUCUCACUUGGUCACCCACUUAUUGGGUCCCGCCAUGUCCGUGGUCGGUGACAAUGCCAAGAACAAGCUCGUUCUUGAUCCCCAGGGCAACCUUGUUAAGGGAGGGUUUGGUAUCGGUCUUGGUGCCGUGUUCUGUUCGUUUAGACGGGAGAUCCCGCCUAUGAAGGGGUAUGAGAUGUGGAGUCGGAUUUUGUCUUGGGAUCGUAAGUGGUUGUAUAUCGUUACCCAUUACAUCGUCAAGGGCAAGGUGAAGCCUACCAGCUGGGAUGGCAGGAAGUUUGGUCCUACGCGCCCCAAGAUCGUCAGGACUGAGGAUGGAAAGGAGGUCGAGGAGAAGGAUUUCUCAAAGUACGUCUACGCUACCGCCAUCAGCAAGUACGUCUUCAAGCUCGGCCGCUUCACUAUCCACCCCUCCAUCGUCAUCGAGGCCAACGGCUUGCUUCCUGAGCGUCCUGCUGAUGGAUGGCGCGGCGGCGAGACGGGCACCGGUACCCCCGAGCACCUUGGCGAGAUUGAUGAGAACAGCGAGUGGGACUGGAAGCGCGUCGAGUACGAGCGCAGAAAGGGCAUGGAGUAUGCCCAGCACUUUGCUGCCUUGGAUGGCGUCAACUCCUUGUUCGACGGUGGCGAGGAUGGUGCCAUUGGCAAGUUCCAUCUGGGUUAAACCAAGGACAGAAAGAAAGAAAGCAAGUCAGCAUGGAGAGAACAAUGCAUGGAUACUAUAGACACAGGGGCAAUGCAUGUCACGGAUAGACGGCAAAAACAGCAUUUGGAGCGAAUUAUGUUGAAUUACUACUACUACUAGACUCUUUAGGGACGGCUCCGGGUCGCC